AAUGAUUUUAAUAGACCAUUUCGAUCCAAAGAAAGAUAUUAUCGAUAUUGUAUACUAUUUUUACAGCUUACGAGACAUUGUAGCUCAUCUUUUAGACUGUGAAGAGAAGCAAGCCCUCAAAAAAAUAAAGGAAAUAUUCGAUGCUGAGGAACUUAAAAAGCAAUGA